UAUUCAAGUUCACACUCACUUUUCAAUAUUUAUUUUUUGUCCCUUGCAAAAGACUCGCAACACCAGCCUCACGCCACCACCACCCAAGACAGAAAGAAAGAGCAACAACUUUUAGUCCAUGGGAACCGAAACUUCAUGCGAGAACAAAUUCGAAAUGAGCGAGACGCUGGCAACGUUUCUUGCCUCGACUCCAUUGUUGGAAGAGGCAUGGAGGCUAUGCAGCAUCGCAGACACAACCUUUCCAGGGGCUUACCUGGUACAGCAGAUUGGAAGCGUGGCCUACGUUGCGUUUUCUGGCAGACAACCCGAUUCUGGAUCAGACCAGAGCUGCGAAAAUCCGGCGCGUUUGGAUGCUGAAGACGGUGGCCUUUUCGCUCCCCUUUAUCGUCAUAGUGAAGCAGAGGAGCCCAUCAAGUUGCACAGUGGAAUGCUAAGGCUUUUUCUGUCAAUGCAUCAAAGUUUGCAAAUCCAGAUUGCGUCGUUAAUUGGAAAAGUGAAGUCGGUGGUGAUCACAGGCCACUCCAUAGGAGGAACAACAGCCUCUCUUUCAGCUCUAUGGCUCCUCUGUCAGCUGCAGUCCAUGUCUUUCCCGAUAAUAUCGGUGCUAUGCAUCACAUUCGGCUCUCCGUUGCUAGGAAACGAAGCCCUUCAUCGAUCAAUUCUCCGCGAACGAUGGGGUGGAAACUUUUGCCAUGUUGUUUCAAAGCAUGAUAUCAUGCCCAGGCUACUCUUUGCUGACAUAGUACCUAACAACAUUUCCAAAAUUCAUACCCUGAUAAAUUUCUGGCACCAUUGCAUGGCUGCUCCACACCUUACAAGCCUUUCUUCCCAGCUAGCCGAUGAGGUCAAAGAUAUUUUUCACUGUGUUUUAAAGGAUUUGGAACUGUUAGCGCAAGCUGAAGAGCCAUCAGACAAUGUGUUUUGGCCAUUUGGGAGCUAUGUUUUCUGCUGCCAAGAAGGUGCCAUUUGUCUAGAUAAUGUGGCAUCUGUCAUUAAGAUGAUGUAUCUGAUGCUGGCAACGGGUUCACCAAGUUGUAGCAUUGAGGAUCAUCUCAAGUAUGGAGAUUAUGUUGGGAAAGUUUCUAAACACUUUUUGAGGGCUAGAAACUUUCAUGAAGAGGAUCUUCCUGAUUCUAGCUAUGAAGCUGGAGUGGCAUUGGCAUUGCAGUCCACAGAACUAGUUAUCAAGGAACCAGUUCAAGACCUGUACCUUUCUGAACAAAACUCAAACCUGAGGAAAGAAGUUGUAAUUAUGGCCAAGGACUGUCUACAAAUGGCGCAAGAUGGUAAUAAGCCAAACCUGACGGCAGCCAAUCUAGCAAUAAAAUUGUCCAAGAUAGUACCUUUCAGAGCUGAAAUUGAGUGGUACAAAGCCUGCUGCGACGAUGCUGAUGAUCAAAUGGGUUACUAUGAUGCCUUCAAGCUUAAGGGGCGCUCAAAAAGAGAGUACAGAGUCAACAUGAACCGCCAUAAGCUUGCGGGUUUCUGGAAUAGUGUAAUCCACAUGUUGGAAAACAACAAGCUGCCUCAGGAUUUUCACAGAAGGGGAAAGUGGGUAAACGCUUCCCAAUUCUAUAAGCUUCUUGUGGAGCCAUUGGACAUCGCCGACUACUACCGAGCAGGGAAGCACCGCGAACGUGGCCAUUACAUUAAGCAUGGAAGGGAAAGGAGGUAUGAAAUUUUUGAUAAGUGGUGGAGGGACAGAAGAGUUCCGGAGGAAGAGAACAAGAGGAGCAAAUUCGCCAGCUCGACCCAAGAUUCAUGCUUUUGGGCUAAAGUAGAAGAAGCCAGGGAGUGGCUAGAUAAUGUCAGGAGUGAGAGUGAUGUAAAGAAGCGAGAUCUGUUGUGGCACAACAUUGAUUUGUUUGAACAAUAUUCGAGGAAGUUGAUUGAGAAUAAAGAGGUCUCUAUAGAUGUUUUAGCAAAAAAUUCAAGCUUCAGUCGGUGGAUGGAAGAGUGGAAGGAAUUGAAGUCACAGGUUCAGCAAUUCCCUCCCAGGUUUCCAGGUUUUGUGGAUGGGGAGGUAGUUCCUUAGUCUGCUUUCUGGCAGAUGGAUACGCUAUUCGUAGGCUUGUAAAAUAUGUAGAAAAUCGUUUCGUGUAGCUUUGGUUCAUGAAUUCACGCACUUCUUUACAAGAACCUUCUUGACCUGCAAGAAUCAUUUCAGUCCAAUGCAAUCUGAAAUUCGGUUAUCAAGA